UUUAUUAAUAAACAAACAUCGUUCUUUGUAACGAAUAAGCGCGCGCAUGCGUGAAACAUACGAAAGAUGCGAGUAACGAAAUGCAUUCGUGUGUAACGUUUCGUUACUCGUUACUAGAUGCCGCACCCGUUACUCAGUAACGAAUACAUACGGUUUGCUACAGCUCUAAUUUGAACUGUGAACAAGGAGGGAAAAGUGAUUUUAAACGAAUUUACAUAAUAUAUGUACUGUUAAUCCAGAUUCAUAAAUUCAGUGUUUUGUUUGAAAUAUUGUUGAAGUCAAUUAUUUAGUUAUAUUAUUUAAUAUUCUGCAAUGAGUGGUUGUAGAAUUUUAACAUUAGUUUUAGUUAGGAAAGCGAAUAAAAUACUUCUGGGUUUAAAGAAAAGAGGAUUUGGCGAAGGGAAGUGGAAUGGAUUCGGCGGAAAAGUUGAAGCGGGCGAAACAAUUUUGGAAGCUGCUAAAAGGGAGGUGCGGGAGGAGUGCAGCCUGGAGGUCGACUCCCUGGAGAAAGUCGGCGUCCUGCAGUUCGAGUUCCUCGGGCAGCCGCCCGCGCUGGAGGUGCACGUCUUCGGCACGUCGAGCUUCACGGGCGAGCCCGUCGACACGGAGGAAAUGUCCCCGAAGUGGUUCUCGAUCGGCGAGGUCCCGUUCGACAGGAUGUGGCCGGACGAUCGUAUCUGGUUCCCCAUGUACCUUGGCGAAAAGAAGUUCCAAGGACACUUCCUGUACGAGGGACUCGACCACAUCCGGAGCCACACGCUGGUGGCAGUGGACCACCUGCCCAGCUGACUGUCGGCCGUGUCGCUGUCCAGCCACGACCGCGGAACGAAAAUAACAAAAGUAAUCCUAAAAUCUGCUUCUAAUUGCAUUGGUAUUGUUUCUGAUGGACUGCAUAUUAAAACAUGUGAAAAUUAA